AUGAGUUCUGCGCCGGGUACUCGGACCACCGUCGGCCGGUAUGAGCUCGGUAAGACCCUCGGCGAAGGCAGCUUCGCUAAGGUCAAGUUCGCUCGCAACAUCCAAACCGGCGAUUCUUUCGCCAUCAAAAUCAUCGACCGGGAUCGCGUCCUCCGCCACAAGAUGGUCGAACAGAUCAAGCGAGAAAUAUCCACCAUGAAGUUGAUCAAACAUCCUAAUGUUCUCAAACUCAUCGAGGUCUUGGCAAGCAAAACAAAGAUCUAUAUUGUUCUUGAAUAUGUUGAUGGAGGCGAGCUGUUUGACAAAAUAGCUAAGUAUGGACGACUUAAAGAAGAUGAAGCUAGGCGAUACUUUCAACAGCUUAUAAAUGCUGUGGAUUAUUGCCACAGUAGAGGCGUGUAUCACCGAGACUUGAAGCCUGAAAAUCUUCUGCUUGAUUCGUACGGUGUUCUUAAAGUUUCAGACUUUGGAUUAAGUGCAUUUUCCAAGCAAGUUCGGGAGGAUGGUUUGCUUCAUACUGCCUGUGGUACACCGAAUUAUGUUGCUCCUGAGGUCCUCACUGACAAAGGUUAUGAUGGUACAUCGUCUGAUGUUUGGUCUUGUGGGGUCAUUCUAUUUGUCCUAAUGGCAGGAUACUUGCCUUUUGAUGAGCCAAACCUUGUGGCUUUAUAUAGGAAGAUUCAAAAGGCUGAUUUUUCAUUUCCAGCAUGGUUUUCCUCGAGUUCAAAGAAGCUGAUAAAGCGUAUUCUUGAUCCUAAUCCAAUGACUCGAAUGACAAUUCCUGAAAUAUUGGAGAAUGACUGGUUUAAGAAAGGCUACAAACCACCAAAAUUUGAGCAGGAGGAGGGCAUAAGCCUUGAUGAUGUUGAUGCAGUUUUUAAUGAUUCCGAGGAACAUCUUGUCACGGAAAGGAAAGAGAAACCUGUAUCAAUGAAUGCUUUUGAGCUCAUUUCUCGGUCACAAGGUUUCAAUCUGGAAAAUUUGUUCGAAAAGCAGAUGGGUCUUGUGAAGAGGGAAACACGAUUCACGUCCAAGUCUUCAGCAAAUGAGAUUAUCUCUAAAAUUGAGGAAACUGCAAAGCCACUUGGCUUUAAUGUUCAGAAGAAAAACUAUAAGAUGAAAUUACAAGGGGACAAGACAGGGAGAAAGGGCCACCUAGCUGUAGCAACAGAGGUUUUUGAGGUUGCUCCCUCCUUGCACUUGGUAGAGCUGCGAAAAACAGGCGGCGACACUCUAGAGUUCCAUAAGUUCUACAAAACCUUCUCAUCGGGACUGAAAGAUAUUGUCUGGACAACUGAACAAAAUUCAGAAGAGACGAGGUGA